AAGAAGGUGCUCAGCGAGAAGGCGCUGAAGAAGGCGCGCGCGGACCAGGCCAAGCGGGGGGUCGUGUACCUCGGGUCGAUCCCGCCCUUCAUGAAACCUCAGAAGCUCAGGCAGCUGUUGACCCCGUACGGCGACCUGGACAGGAUGUACCUCAUGCCCGAGGAUCCCGAGAUUCGCGCCAGGCGCAAAAAGUUCAAGGGGAACACCGGUAAGAACUUUGUGGAGGGUUGGGUUGAGUUCAGGGACAAGAAGAAGGCCAAGGCGUGCGCGGCGAUGCUCAACGGAACGCAGGUGGGCGGCAGGAGGCGCGGCGCGCACUUCUCCGAUCUGUGGAACAUGAAGUAUCUCCCAAAGUUCAAAUGGGACAACCUCACGGAGGAGAUUGAGUACCAGAAGGCGCUGCGCGAGCAGCGCAUGCAGCUGGAGCUCAGCGUCGCGAAGAAGGAGCGCGAUUUCUACCUCCAGAAGGUGGAACAGGCGAAACAGAUCGAGAAGAUGAGGGAACGA